ACAUAUAUACAUAUCUAUAAAACCUGUAUGGCUCAAUUUUGUUUUUAUUCUUUCGUCUAUUCUAAGCUCUAUUGUAGGGUUUUGAUGUUCUUUUUAGAACUAAGAACAUGAUUAAGUAUUUGGAUCGAUUAAACUUUUUUGCUGUUUGUCUAAUUUGCACAGUUCCAUUAAUUGGUAUCUUAGUGAGGCUAUUUUACAUUUGAACUAAGUGUCAUUAUUCUCCAAUAUCAUCUCUAUGGAACUUUUAUGCGUAGCAUUGAUUAGGGUUCUGUCGUGUCCAUGGUAGUAGGUCCAUUUUGUGGCGUAUUUGGGAAAUCCAAUUAAGAGAUUCAUACCAAAGUCAAGCAUGCAAAAAUCACUAAACCCUGAAACAAGGAUAAGACAACAGACAUACAUUUUCGGUCGAAUUAAGAUGCAUAUUUCAGGGACCUUUUUUUGAUGAAAACUAGAUUUAUUUGUGAUACUGAUAUUACCAACAAAAAUCGACAGGAAGUCAAAGAAGUUGAAUUACGAUUGCAAAAAUAAAAAAAAAAUUGCGAGUGAGGCUUCCUGGUAGUGAACUAAUAUUCAAGUAUCCAACAACAAAAAAGUUUAAUUUAUCCGGGAACACAUGAUCAACCCUCAAUCCCAAAUGCCAAAAAUCAUUAGACCCUAAGGUGGUGUUUGGUUUGCAAAUUCUGGAGGAAUCUGAAUUGUUGAAUUCCUUUAACCAGAUUCAUUUCUUUCGUUUUGGUUCAUUUUUUUUCAACGGAAGGAAUCUUUAGAUUCCUAAAAUUCCAUGGCUUUUGAUAAAUAAAUGGGAUUUUAAUUGAAUGAAAUUUCUUAUUUUAUGCCCGAUAUACGUUCACCCCAUCUGAUAAUACCUUAAUCUCACAAGAAGCCCGACAGUAUUUUCUCCUCAACAAGCCGACACCAGCUCGCUAAACAGGUUUGAUUUCUUGCUUCUCCAUUGCUAAACAGGUUUUCAGAUCUUAUAAUCAAGUAGCAUAAAUCACUAAGGCUAGUUUAAGAAAAAUGAUUCGAGUUGCUGCUUGUAAGCAGUGGAAUGGUCUUGUAAGAGAACUUCAUUCACCCAUCUCACCACUUUUUUUACAACAUUAUUCGACCACUACUUCGUCGAAAGGAGCUUACAAUGGCUCAGAAAUUCUUAACUAUAUGGGGGGUCUGGAUGGUGAUAAAAAACAAUUGGUCCAUAAGUUGGUCAAUUUUCGUAUGAAACAAGGUAAAAAAACAAUAGUUCGAGCUAUUUUUCAUGAAACUCUUCAUCGCUUAGCUCGUACCGACCGUGACGGAGUUCAACUCAUAGCCGAUGCCCUUGAGAAUGUGAAACCCAUAUGUGAAGUAGCAAAAGUAAGGAUAGCAGGUAAUAUUUAUGAUGUCCCUGGGGUUGUAGCCAAGGAUCGUCAACAGACCUUAGCCGUUCGCUGGGUCCUUGAUGCAGCUUUCAAACGACGGACUAAUCACAGCUCUAGAUUGGAGGAAUGUUUAUUUGCUGAGAUAAUGGAUGCUUAUCGGAAGAGGGGAACUGCACGUAAGAAAAGGGAGGUUCUUCAUGGACUUGCUUCCACCAAUCGGAGUUACGCCCAUUUCAGAUGGUGGUAAAAUGAAAUCACAGAAGAGCUACUUUUCACUCAAUCAGAUAUGCGGUUUUCUUUCUUGUACUACAUUUUGAAGAAGGCACACAAGUAAUCAAAAUGAGUCUGGUACUUGUAAUAGAUGAUGCUAUUUCUUUAGUUUUACAAGUUUUCAAGCAUACCCUCUUUCUAUGUUUGGAUUCUGUAUCUCAAGUGAUUUGAGUCCAACUUCUGCCAUGCUCUAAUAACAAACUUGCUUUCUCUUUUA